AUGGGGAACAUAACUUGUGUUCCUCAGGCACCUGGGAGGCUCAGGGGCUCUUUCAGAAGGAAGCCUUCGCUGAAGAAAGAACAAAAUGGCAAGAAAAAACUGCCCAGCUUUUUUGGUAUAGAAGGAGGGCGGGAGAGAGAGACGACCACAGACAAAAUCCUGCAGUAUAUUCCAGGAAAGAAUAUUCAAAACCAGGAAAACCAGAAAGAAAACGUGGACCAGAGGUUCCCCAGCCUGUUCAAGAAGGGACGAAGGAAAACGGUUGUCAGGAAUCUGGGCAGAAUGAUCUAUUACUCCAAGGUCAAGUUUAAGUUCCAGCACUGCCAGGUAAGCUGCGGUGCCUAUAAACCCCAAAAUGUGUCUUUUCUGCAGGAGGUGAAUGACUGCUUCUUGGAGCUGUUCCAGUCCUACCUGUACUUCCAGUCUAUGGGCUCCAACGGACUCACCUACCAGGAACUGCUGCCUUUGAAAGAGCUGAACGUGUGUGAAAUUGAGAAUGGGAAGGGCACCGGGCAGGAGGAUCACGCUUUCCGCGUUACAGGUCCUCUGCUGAAUCCCCUUAUCGUGUUCUGCCCUACUGAGUCAGAGCUGAAGCAGUGGCUUUAUCACCUGGAGAAACAGAUCCAGCUAAACGGAGGAAGCCUUGGCUUGCCCUUCCUCUCUCAGAACGACUGGAAGCAGAGCUCCAUGGGGAAAGAGGAGCUGCGGUGGUCCGUGCAGAACAUGCCUGUCCAGGAGUGGAGAGGGACCCAGCGGGAAUCUCUAGGCGAUGUCCUCUGCGUUUCCAAAGUGAAGCUUCAGCAUCUGCCUUUCCAGGAGCAGCACGACCGGCUGUUGGUGCUUUACCCGUCCACGCUGGUGAUAGUAUCGGCAGAGCGCAACGGCCUCUGUUUUAAGGGCGAGCUGCCGCUCAACGCCAUCCAGGUGCUUUUUGAAGAGAACGAGAAAACCUCCUUUUUAAUAGAAGGCCGCCUAAUCAAUUCGAUCCGGGUGAUCUGCCGCAGCUACGAUGAUUACCAGGAGUGGCUCUACUGUCUCAAAACAGCCCAGUUUCGAAACGCCGACUCCUCCCUCUCCGGAUCGGAGAGUUUCACGGGAUCAAAGCUGCCACACCCCGGCCAGUUUGCCGGCAGCGGGAGAGGGUCGCUCACUUCUGAUGGCCGUACAAACUCCUGGGCGUCGGGAGGGAGAGUGGCCACCUUAACACACGUCUCCCAGAACAGCGGCUCUCUCCCCGAUGGACAGUCCUUCGUGCUGAUGCCCGAGAGCAGGGGGCUCGAAGACCCCCUCUCCUCUGGCUAUUCCCAGCCUCUCCGUUGCCUGGCACACGCCAACUGGCCAAGCACGGGGCUGCCCGCGCAGGACCUGCGGAGGGGGGGCAGCGCCAGAAAGUCCAAGGGCAAAUGUGGCCAGCAGCUGCCCAGCCAGGACACGGAGAGGACCAUCUGCAGCCUCAUCCCCGAAAACCCCAACGGCGAGUUCCUGACCUCGGUGUACAACGAGCCGUACGCCCCACACAGCUCGCAGCAUCACCCGGCGGCUCCCCCGCCACACCUGGACCUGAGCAGUCUGAACGGAUGGAGCUUGGUGGGAAGUCAACCCUCGACAGCUUGCAGCUCCCUGGAGAAGCCGGCCAUGCCCCGCUCCCCCUUGUACGCUGACCCCUAUACGCCCAGCUCCCCCAGCGCUCGCAGCGUGGCAGGCUCCAGCUUCGUGGAAGAGAAGAGGAACUGCCAGCGCCUGCCCAGCAGUCACUGCAGAGAGGUGCCUGCGGCUCCCAGUUACAGCCCGGCCGGGUCAUGCCAUCUCCAGCUGCGGCCUCCUGCUGAUGCUUAUCUCGAAGAGGUCUCUUCUCUACGAGAGGAACAUCUGGGCCCUCCAUUGCAGCCCCCAGAUGGGAAUUUCGGCACUUACGACCUGCCAGAGGCCAGUUGCCCGCACCCCGACUACCAUGACUAUGCCGAGCUCCAGAGUUUCCAGAGCGACUUCAGCUAUGACAACCUGUGGGAAGCCGAGGGGAAGGAGCCGGGCACUCCGCACGCCUCCCCGGCUCUCGGCCAGCAGUUUUACCAAGCCUGA